GAUUACUGCGCUCGAGCGACCGACCCACAGUCCCUCGGUCCACAGCCCGCGUCUCGAGCCCAGCCGUCCGCCGGGAACCCCGCGUCUCCUUGCGUCACAUCGCCUCCUCGCGCCUCCGCAGUAGUAGUAGCUUCGGCAGCAGCUGACGUGAGCCGCCCUCGCCUCGAGACAGCCGGAGCGCGCGUCGCCCUCCGAGGAUGAGCGUGCGCGUGGUGGAGUCGUGUGAGCCCGCGGCGUCCUGUCGGCACGAGUGAAAGCGGCACCGCAGGAAGACGACGACGACGAGGAGGAGAAGGAGGAGGAAGAAGACAGCAGUACGGGGGUCUAUCCACCGCCGGUGUCACACAGACCCCCACCCCCCCAUCCCGCAGCGCCCUUCCUUCCUUCCUUCCUUCGCCUCUCUUCAUUUUUUAUUUCUUUCAAUUAUAAACACGCGCAGCCGCGGAGGAGGGAGACGCCGGCAGCCUCGCGCACCCACCGCCCUCUGAGCUUCAGCAACGAGCAGCAGCAGGAGCAGCAACAGCGCAGCGGCUCCGCUCCGCCUUCCUUCCUUGCCCCGCCGUCCUUGCCGUCCGGCUGUGGCUCAGUCCGUGCGGCGGCCAGAAGCGCCCCGACGUGGAUGUGCGAACAUGGAGACGGUGGAGAAAGAGUGCGGCGCAUUGGGGGGGCUCUUCCAGGCCAUCAUCAACGACAUGAAGUGCUCGUACCCGGUGUGGGAGGACUUUAGUGCCAAGGCCACCAAGCUGCAUUCCCAGCUGAGGACGACCGUGCUGGCUGCCGUGGCUUUCCUCGAUGCCUUUCAGAAGGUGGCGGACAUGGCGACCAACACCAGAGGUGCCACCAGGGACAUCGGAUCAGCGCUGACCCGCAUGUGCAUGCGCCACCGCAGCAUCGAGGCCAAGCUGCGGCAUUUCACCAACGCGCUGAUGGAGAGCCUGAUCACGCCCCUUCAGGACCGCAUCGAGGAGUGGAAGAAGACGGCCAACCAACUGGACAAAGACCACGCCAAGGAGUACAAGCGGUCCCGGCACGAGAUCAAGAAGAAGUCAUCCGACACGCUGAAGCUGCAGAAGAAGGCCAGGAAAGGUCGAGGGGACCUGCAGCCCCAGCUGGAUAGUGCCAUACAGGAUGUGACUGAUAUGUGCCUGCUGAUGGAGGAGAUGGAGAAGCAAGCAGUGCGUCGGGCCCUGGUGGAGGAGAGGGGACGUUUCUGCACCUUCAUCAGCUUUCUGCAGCCCGUGGUGAACGGCGAGAUCGCCAUGCUGGGGGAGAUCACACACCUGCAGGGCAUUAUCGAUGACUUGAUCGUGCUGACCACCGACCCUCAUAAACUGCCCCCGGCCAGCGAGCAGGUGAUCAAGGACCUGAAGGGCUCCGACUACAGCUGGUCCUACCAGACCCCACCUUCCUCUCCCAGCAGCUCUGGCUCCAGGAAGAGCAGCAUGUGCAGCAGUGUAAACAGCGCCCACAGUAGUGCUUCUCGCUCCUCCAGCGGCUCUCAGCCUCACUCACCCAGUUCGUCCUAUCGCUACCGCAGCCUGGCCCAGCCACCACUGGGGGGCGCCCAGCGCCUCAGCAGUGUUUCCUCCCAUGACUCGGGCUUCAUAUCACAGGACGCCAACAUCUACUCGAAACCGCCUUCUCCCAUGCCCUCGGAUCUCACCAGCCAGAAGUCCUCCAGCUCCGCCUCCUCAGAAGCCUCGGAGACCUGCCAGUCGGUCAGCGAGUGCAGCUCGCCCACCUCGUUUGGCUUGUCCUUCGCUACCUUCCGCCCUGCUCUCUCUCACACUGGCUCCAUCAGGCCCUUCUCUGUCAUACUUCCUGCGUCCCCACCCUAUAACCGCUCCCUUGGAUCCAGCAAUUCCUCUCCCACAUCAAAGGUUCCUUGCUGGAAGGACUGGUCCAAACCAGGUCCUUACGACCAGCCUGCGGUCAAUACGCUGCAGCGCAGGAAGGAGCCUCUGGAGCGCCUCCGGGAACCAGAAACCUCAUCUGGUGUUCAAGGCUAUGCUGGGACGCACUCGGAGGACUCCCAAAGGCCCAGAAUGUCUCCGGCCACAAUAGCUGCCAAGCACGGGGAGGAAGUGUCGCCGGCUGCCAGCGACCUGGCUAUGGUGCUGACCCGCGGCCUGAGUAUGGAGCAGCAGGCCAGCAGCCGCGACUCACUGCAGUACUCCAGCGGCUACAGCACCCAGACCACCACGCCCUCCUGCUCUGAGGACACCAUCCCUUCCCAAGUGUCCGACUACGAGUGCUACUCUGUUAACGGGGACGCCGAGGGAGAGGCACAGGCCGACUUUGACAAGUCCUCCACCAUUCCGCGUCACAGCAACAUUGCCCAGAACUACCGGCGCAUGAUCCAGACCAAGAGGCCUGCCAGCACUGCGGGGCUGCCGAGUGGGAUGGGAGCCCAAGGCGGGCCACCCGGUGGAGGCGGGGGAGGUGGGGGCUUAGGGACACCUGGGACAGCCACUAUUCGCCGCACCCCUUCCACCAAGCCUGGGGUGCGGCGCACCCUCUCCAAUGCAGGUCCCAUCCCCAUCAGGCCUCCCAUCGUACCUGUGAAAACGCCCACGGUGCCCGACUCCCCCGGCUACACCGGCCCACCAGCACGGGUAGGCAGCGAGGAGUGCGUCUUCUACGGAGAUGAUGCCUUGGCCGUUCCGCUGGAGUACGCCAAGGCCUCGCCCAAGCGGCUGAGCUUGCCGAACACGGCAUGGGGUUCCGGCGCCGGGCUCGAGAUGAGCGUAUACGCCCAGCAGUCCGCUGGUGCCACCUCUACCGAGGAGGACCAACUGCUGGCCGCCAACCGCCACAGCCUGGUGGAGAAGAUUGGCGAGCUGGUGGCCAGCGCCCACGCCCUAGGAGAGGGCCAGUUCCCAUUCCCGUCACAGCCCGAUGAGCCUCCCCCUGGACCGGCACCCGCACAGGACCCCCAUCCCGUAGAGGGUGAGGACAUGCUCGUGUCUAUCCGACGUGGUGUGCGCCUGCGCAAGACCAUCUCCAACGACAGGUCGGCGCCCAGGAUUUUGUGACAACCUUCUAGUGCGGAUCGGCCAGCACCGAGGUGCUCGAUGCCAUUGACUCUGUAGAGAAUUAAUUACAUGUUACGUGAAAA